UCUCCGGUUCUCGGACACAGUGCACAGUGCGCAAGAACGACUGAUGUUUGACAACUUUCAGGAGCUAGACAAGUUUUUUCACUACUCAGCUGACAACUUUUCGGUUUUCUAGAAAGUCCUUUAGUGCGUUGUUGUUUUUGAAAGCAAUUUUACUGUAAAUUUCAGUUAAAAAGCGUAAACUGGUGCGAAAAAUCUGCAGUACUAUCUAGUGACAGUGAAUAAACUAAAGUUUACAUCGUAAAUCAAAGGUUUCUUCAUAGCGAAUCCAUUCAGCGUCCGACCAAUUACGAUUUACAGACGCAGCUACAAUCGCAAAAAAGCCUGCCGAUUAACUUUUUCUCUUUGACCAGUCCCAUAAAUUCGGUCAAAAUUUGUAUCGUAAAGAUGGAUCUGUUGAAGAAGAUGAUGGGAAUAGACGGUCAGAAAGGGGACGACGACGAUAAGAGAAAGAAGAAACCAAUCAUAAAAGAUGAGUUCCGGAAACCGGUCUGGGUAGAAGAGUAUGACAGUGAUGAUGAUCUCUUCGACAACCAGAAGGUUUUUGGCGUGCAAAUCUUCACCAAUCCACUGGAAAUCCAGAAGCAUUUCGAUCAUCAAAUUCAGGAGAUGAUGAAAAGCGUGGAAGAAUAUGAUGAUUCCUUCAAAACGUUCGACCAUGAUUUGAAGCAAGACUUUUUGAAGCCAGGUUUCGAAGAGGAAAUCAAGAAAGAGUUUAAGAAAGAAAAGCUCAUCGAUACCGAUUUGGACGGAGAAAUCUAUCCGGAGCAAUUGCAUACCCUUUUGCAGCGCAUUUCGCCAGACCUGAAGGAGUUGCUACCGAAGAAACGAGACUCCGUUUCCUCGAAUACCAAACCGAAACCAAACCUUACAGACGAGCAAAAGAUCAUGAAUUGGAUACACGGUUACAAAGAAUCGGACCCCUUGCCAUCGAUUUCCCCACGUGGUUCACGCCGUGUACCGCCUCAGCGCUUCCACGACGGUAUUUUUGAGGGUACAUUCCAAGGACCUCGCAUGUUCGGGCAGAGUAUUAUCUCGCAAACCAUUCGAAAGCCCGAUGGGUCCUAUGAAACACGCAAAACUGUUCGUGAUUCUGAAGGGCACACCAAAACGACGAUCACUCGUUCGACCAAGGACGGCCAGAAAGAAACUAUAACUACGUAUGGCGAUGAGGGUGGGUCGCCGCCAGUGAAGCCUUUCUUCGAGGGCUCCAAUUUGCCGUCAAAUUCUGGCAACAAAGAUUCGUUCGCUAACGUUCUGCUCGGGUCAAACCAGGAAUGCAGCAAGCAUCUUUACUCAAAGAAUGGUUACGUUUUACCGAAGAACCUCUGGUGACUUCAAGCGCAGACAAACCGUAUUGAGCUAACUACAACACUAGUAGAUCAUCGGUUCAAUUUCCAUUUCUCUCAUAACAUUUACUUCCUCCGACUUGGACUGGUGGUGAUCAUCGCCAGCUUCAACCGCUUACUACUACUAUCAUCAUUCAGUGAGCCAAAUAUGUGUGUACCAGUAGUAGCAAUAGCAAGUGGCCACCCAAGUAGCGAUCCUUCCUACAAUUUUACCCAUAGUUUAUACCAUAACAAUGAACUUGUCGAUGAAAUGGAUCUUACCAGGCAAUUGACUCUUAAUCCCUCGAUGUCGCACGUCGCAAGGAACAACUCCGAAAGACCUGUCGUUCCACAUUUAUUACGAUUUCGUAACUUUUUCGUAGCAUUAAUUUGUAUUAGUUUAAGUAGAAUUCGGGUUCUAAUUUCAUUAUCAAGCAACAUAAUUCGCGCCAUUGAAGAAUCCAUCAAGUGGCGAUGGCAAACGAUAGAACGAUUGAGCAGUAUUAAUUGUAUCUGGAGGAGACUAGAAUGGACCGCUGUCAGCAGUGAUCUGUUAUGAAACCAGGCCCGUUACUGCUGUUGCCAGUCGUUCAAACGUUGUCAACUCAUUGCGUUCGGAUCUAGUUCGACCAGCAGGUGUUUGUGUUUGUGAUAUACUUUUACGUUAGACCGUAAUUCAUUGUACGUCCUAUCGAAUAAGUUUACGAUUAAUGCUAAUAAUUUCAGCUGAUCGUGGCUAGAACUGGGUGGGGUAUCACCAGCCAGCGUAAACUCGACUGUUUUUUGAACUGAAAGAGCAGGUAUUGAGGUGCGAUUCGACUGCGUACAGGAGCGAAUUUUAUUAGCUAGUUUUUUGAAUACCGACAAAAGAUUAAUUAAUAUAUAUUUUUACUGUAUAAGAAUUUUUUACUGACUUAUCUGUAAUAUUUUUCUAGCAGGAUUAGGAGGGAAACAAGACAAAGUAAGGCAAAGAAAGGAUCAAUCUCCCUUAUAGUUGAGGAAAGUUUAACUAAAAACAUAAAUUAUUGGAAUCAAAAACCAAAAACAAGAAAAAAAAUCUUCAUUCAAUCACAUACUUAUACAAUUACUCUAAAAUACUGUAACCAAUAGUGAAAAGUUCUUCGAAACAAAA